UCUGCCCGCCGCGCCCGCUCCCGUCCCCGCUCCUGUGUCUGUCCUGCCCCCCCUGGCCGCCCCGGAGCUCCUGGACUGGGACGACUCGGGGCUGGACUCUCCCUCGUCUCCCGUCGGCUCGUACAAAAGCUCCGUGCACAGCCGAGAGUCGUCCUGCGACUCCGGGACCUCAGACCCCGCGGAACCACGGACGGAACCACGGACGGAACCACGGACGGAACCACGGACGGAACCACGGACGGAACCACGGACGGAACCACAGAACCGAGAGACGGAGGAAGAGGAGGAGGAGACCAAAGGACAGACGGAGGAAACUUUCCUGGAAUCGUGUUCAGACCGGACCAAGAUCCAGACCAGGACCCAGACCAGGACUGAGACCGGGUCCAGGACUGAGACCGGGUCCAGGAUCGGUGAUGUUCUGGAGGAGGACAUGGAGCAGUGCCGCCGGCUCCAGGCUCGGUCUCUCUCUGGUCUCGAGUACUUGGAGCAGGUCUGCAGACUCGUGGAGAAGAUCAGUGGACUUCAAAACCUGGUGCUCCAUCUGCAGAGACAACUGAGGACCCAGAACCCGGACCGGACCCCGGACCGGACCCUGGACCGGAGCCCGGACCGGACCCCAGACUGGGAGCAGCUGGAUCUGAGCCUCAAGUCAAACCACGUCUCAAACCACGUCUCUGCUCCUCUUCAGGUUCUCCUCAUGAAGCUCUGCACCUGUGGAGCCGCAGACCAGGUCUUCCUCAGAACCCAGACCCAGAACCGGACCGGGUCUCUGGACCAGGAUCUCAACCAGGAUCUGAGUCGGGACCUCAGGAGCGUCUCAGGGUCGUCUCACCGGAUCUACAGGACCAGAGGGAGCGAGAGCGAGAGAGAGAGAGAGAGAGAGGAAGAACACACACACCUGCACCGACUACAACCUGCACAGACAGCUGAGCGACAGGAGCGACAGGAGCGACAGGAGAAACAGGAGCGACAGGUGCAGCUCGUCCUGGGGCAGAGUCCAGGACUUAGUGACAAGAAACCGGUUCAAUCCGGACCAGACCAGUUCAGAUCCCGACUGGACCAGGGACCGGACCAGGCCCAGACCCGGAGCUCCAUGAUCCUCCUGGACCAGAGUCUGGACUCUGGGGUCCAGUGGUCCUGA